AUCAAGCACACGAACUGUUUAGAAUCGCAGUUCCACUUAUGGCUAUCUCACCGUGUAUAGUCGAAAUACUUCAGUAAUAAUAUUCCUUCAAUCACUUGGUUUCAUUUUGUUCAGUCAGUACAAUGGAGGAUGUUAUAGUAUCGGUUGAGAACGGACGUAUCGCCGGCCAAAAAGAAAAGGAUUACAAAGGCGGAAAGUUUUAUAGCUUCUGCGGAAUACCAUACGCCAAAGCGCCUGUGGGUCAUCUCAGAUUCAAGGCUCCAGUUCCCCUUGAGCCAUGGACAGGAAUAUGGAACGGAAAAAAAGAAGGCCCGGCAUGUCCUGCGAAAUUGCAGACUUGUUUAUCGAUUGGCAAAGAAGACAACUGCCUGCAUAUGAAUAUUUUCACGAAAGAAUUGCCAAAACAUCAGCCGAUAAAGAAUCCUGUGAUGGUGUUUUUAUAUGGUGGAGGUUUCAUGCUUGGAUCUAACCAUAGGAUAAUAUAUGGUCCUGAGUACUUGCUUACCGAAAAUAUCGUUCUAGUCGUUGUCAAUUAUCGGAUAGGAGUGUUAGGUCUGUUUCACAAAGCUAUCAUGCAAAGCGGAAGUGCUUUCAACCCAUGGGCAAGAGGAAGAAGGAAUGCUCUAGAUAUCGCCAAGGCAAUGGGAUAUAAGGAUACUGAUGAAAAAAUCAUCCUGCAAAAACUUCAAAAUGCUAGCAUACGUAGUUUAAUGGACGCUCAGUACAUGACUGACUGCUGCCUUCCUAAAACUUUCGACGCCGCCCAAGUUCGACCAUUCGGUCCAGUUAUAGAAUAUCCCCACCCAGGUGCACUUCUGUCCGAAGAUCCUGAAGAAAUCAUGAAAUCGGGGAGGUGUCAUCAGAUUCCGAUAAUGAUGGGAUUCAACUCUCUCGAAGGACUUUUCUAUGGUUUCACUAGAUCCUUGACAAGUGUCCCUCCUUUGUCCCAAAGUCUCGAGAGAGAUAUUCCCUAUGACUGGAAUAUUUCUCAGAAACCUGGAUUGAUUCAAGACGCGGUCAAAAAAAUCAAAGAAUUCUAUUUUGGGGACGCUGAUAUUUCGGAAGAAAAC